AUGGUGUUUGGUGAGUUCUUCCAUCGCCCUGGAUCAGACGAGGAACUUGUCAACUUGAACGUGGGGGGCUUCAAGCAGUCCGUGGACCAGAGCACCCUCCGGCGCUUCCCGCACACCAGACUCGGGAAGCUGCUCACCUGCCACUCGGAAGAGGCCAUCCUGGAGCUGUGCGAUGACUACAGCGUGGCUGACAAAGAGUACUACUUCGACCGGAACCCCUCCUUGUUCCAGUACGUGCUGAAUUUCUACUACACGGGGAAGCUGCACGUCAUGGAGGAGCUGUGCGUGUUCUCCUUCUGCCAGGAGAUCGAGUACUGGGGCAUCAACGAGCUCUUCAUCGACUCCUGCUGCAGCAAUCGCUACCAGGAGCGCAAGGAGGAGACCCAUGAGAAGGACUGGGACCAGAAGAGCAACGACGUGAGCACCGACUCGUCCUUCGAAGAGUCGUCUCUGUUCGAGAAGGAGCUGGAGAAGUUUGACAAGCUGCGAAUGGGCCAGCUCCGGAAGAAGAUCUGGAUCCGCAUGGAAAACCCAGCCUCUUGCCUGUCCGCCAAGCUCAUCGCCAUCUCUUCCCUGAGUGUGGUGCUGGCCUCCAUCGUGGCCAUGUGUAUUCACAGCAUGUCCGAGUUCCAGAACGAGGAUGGGGAGGUGGACGACCCGGUGCUGGAAGGGGUGGAGAUUGCCUGCAUUGCUUGGUUCACCAGCGAGCUCGCCAUCCGGCUCAUGGCUGCUCCCUGUCAGAAGAAAUUCUGGAAACACCCUCUGAACAUCAUCGACUUCGUGUCCAUCAUUCCCUUCUACGCCACGUUGGCCGUAGACACCAAGGAGGAAGAGAGUGAGGACAUUGAGAACAUGGGCAAGGUGGUCCAGAUCCUCAGGCUGAUGAGGAUUUUCCGAAUCCUCAAACUUGCCCGGCACUCCGUAGGCCUUCGGUCUCUGGGUGCCACGCUGAGGCACAGCUACCACGAGGUUGGGCUGCUGCUGCUCUUCCUCUCCGUGGGCAUCUCCAUCUUCUCUGUGCUCAUCUACUCGGUGGAGAAAGACGACGACACGUCCAGCCUCAGCAGCAUCCCCAUCUGCUGGUGGUGGGCCACCAUCAGCAUGACGACUGUGGGCUACGGAGACACCCACCCGGUCACCGUGCCCGGGAAGCUGAUUGCCAGCACCUGCAUCAUCUGCGGCAUCUUGGUGGUGGCCCUGCCCAUCACCAUCAUCUUCAACAAGUUCUCCAAGUACUACCAGAAGCAAAAGGACAUUGACGUGGACCCGUGCAGCGAGGACCCGCAGGAGAAGGGGCGUGAGCUCCCUUACUUUAACAUCAGGGACAUCUAUGCCCAGCAGAUGCAGGCCUUCAUCAGCAGUCUCUCUCCUGUGGGAAUUGUGGUGGCGGAUCCUGACUCCACAGAUGCCUCAAGCAUUGAAGAUGAGGAGGAUGUGUAUAACAUGGUGUCCUUGGAGAACUGCACAGCCAAAUGA